AGGAGGUAGCACACUGACUGAGGUUCAGCACUGCAGAUCUUCCUGUCUGCCUUCAGCCGCUCUUUCUCUCAGUUUGCUGGUGAAAGACAAAAAGCACUGAGAGGAGGGAGGAGGAGAAUUGUGAAAGGAGUCUUUUUACUGAUGAUGGACGAGGAUUUCUUUCUUUUUAACUAAUAUUUAAAGCCCCUGCGGCCUGGCUGAGGAUUCCUCCAAUCUGUGAACCGAUGGGCAUGUGACAUCACCCCCUCCGCCCCAUCUCUCCCUCCCUACAUCAGUGUAUCUGGCCAAUCAGUGCUCAAGGAGAUCCAGUCACAUGAGAAUCCCCCCCCCAGUCUUGGUUACCAUGACAACGAGCACUGGUCCAGGCAGCAUCUUGCUGUGGUGAGAAAAGAAGAGGUGGAGGGGGGGAAGAAGGCAGGAGGAGAGGCAGAAAGAGAAGAGGAAAGGGAGGAAGGAAGAUAGAAAGACAACAAUUCCAUUCUGAGGAAUAGCUUUUGGAUCUUCAGCUUGUUCCUGUCUUCAUUCAGUACAAAUGAAGAUUCCUGAAGCUGGGAGUUAAAGCUCUCUACCAGAGAGAGGGUUUUUCCAGAGCUGAGGCUGGACCCAGAAGCCCCUUUCUGGGGGGUGAGGGGGCCUCACAGCCCGGCCAGUUAGUCUGGACCAUGGGGGAUGGAGGUGCCGGUGCAGCUGGAGGAGAUGGGGUGAAUAAGUCCCAUGUCCUGUUUGACAACUUUGUCCAGGCGACCACAUGUAAGGGCAUACUCAAGGCCUUCCAGGAGCUAUGUGACCAUCUGGAAGUAAAGCCCAGUGAUCACAGGGUCUUCUAUCACAAGCUCAAGUCCAAACUCAACUACUGGAAGGCCAAGGCCCUCUGGGCCAAGCUAGACAAGAGGGCCAGCCACAAGGAGUACAAGAAGGGCCGUGCCUGUGCCAACACAAAGUGUCUGAUCAUUGGUGCGGGGCCAUGUGGCUUGCGUACAGCCAUCGAGCUGGCUUUCUUGGGGGCCAAAGUUGUGAUUCUGGAGAAGAGAGAUGCCUUUUCCAGAAACAAUGUGCUGCACCUCUGGCCCUUUACCAUCCAGGAUCUCAGGGGUCUUGGGGCCAAAAAGUUCUAUGGAAAGUUCUGUGCUGGUGCUAUCGAUCAUAUCAGUAUUCGUCAGCUUCAGCUUAUGCUUCUCAAAAUGGCACUCCUGCUGGGCAUUGAGAUCCAUGUGAACGUAGAGUUUAAAAGCCUUAUUGAGCCUCCUGAAGAUCAGGAAAGUGAAAGAAUUGGCUGGAGAGCUGAGAUCCACCCUAGGACACACCCCGUCAGCGAGCUGGAGUUUGAUGUCAUCAUUGGAGCAGAUGGAAGGAGAAACACCUUACCGGGGUUUCGGCGCAAGGAGUUCCGGGGAAAGCUCGCCAUCGCCAUCACUGCUAACUUCAUUAACAGGAACACAACGGCAGAGGCAAAAGUCGAAGAGAUCAGCGGUGUGGCCUUCAUCUUCAAUCAGAAGUUCUUUCAAGACCUCAGAGAAGCAACUGGCAUUGACCUGGAAAAUAUCGUCUAUUACAAGGAUGACACGCAUUACUUUGUGAUGACUGCCAAAAAACAGAGCCUGCUGGAGAAAGGAGUCAUUCUACAUGACUAUGCAGACACAGAGCUUUUGCUGUCCAGAGCCAACGUAGACCAGGCUGCCUUGCUGUCUUAUGCACGUGAAGCUGCAGAUUUUUCAACCAACCACCAGCUGCCCACACUGGACUUUGCCAUCAACCAUUACGGCCAGCCUGAUGUAGCAAUGUUUGACUUCACCUGCAUGUAUGCUUCAGAAAAUGCCGCCAUGGUGCGCCAACGCAAUGGGCACAAGCUGCUAGUGGCGCUUGUUGGCGACAGCCUGUUAGAGCCCUUCUGGCCCAUGGGGACUGGCAUAGCCCGAGGUUUCCUGGCAGCCAUGGACUCGGGCUGGAUGGUGAAAAGCUGGGCCCAAGGAAAAACCCCUCUUGAGGUGCUGGCUGAGAGGGAGAGCAUAUACCGCCUUCUGCCUCAGACCACACCAGAAAAUGUCAGUAAGAACUUCAGUCAGUACAGUGUGGAUCCUACAACACGUUACCCCAACAUUAGCCUCAACUUCCUCAAACCUAGCCAAGUGCGGCACCUGUUUGACACAGGGGAGUGCAGGGAAGUUCGCAUCGAAAUCGAGAAUGUGAUCAACUCAUCAACCCCCAAGUUGGCCAGGAAUGACAACUGCCUGCUUGACAAGCAGUUGCAAGAAUCCAUAGCUCGGUCCAGUAAGCUGCUCAACUGGUGCCAGAGGCAAACAGAGGGCUACAGGAAUGUUAAUGUGACAGACCUCACCAUGUCUUGGAAGAGCGGCCUGGCCCUUUGUGCCCUAAUUCACAGAUACAGGCCUGAUCUCAUUGACUUUGAUUCUCUGGAUGAACGAGACCAGGAGAAGAACAACCAGUUAGCGUUUGACGUGGCAGAGAGGGAAUUUGGCAUCUCACCAUGCAUGACGGGCAAGGAGAUGUCCUCUGUGGUGGAGCCAGACAAACUCUCUAUGGUCAUGUACCUCAGUCAGUUCUAUGAGAUGUUUAAGGACACAGUGCCACCUGGAGAUAACCAAAAUCUGAGUCCAGAAGAGAAGGCUGCGUUGAUAUCGAGCACCAAGUCUCCCAUAUCUUUCCUUAGCAAGCUGGGCCAGAGCAUAGCAAUCUCCAGAAAACGAAACCCCAAGGACAAAAAAGAGAAGGAUUUAGACGGUUUGGGGAAGAGAAGGAAAACCAGCCAGUCUGAAGAUGAAGAGUUAUCGAGGACCAGUCGUGACGACAGGCCAUCUGUUCCUGCUGUCCUGUCGGAGAGAAAAAUGGAUUCUGCUGCUGUGGGGAACAACAACAAAGUGAAGGUCAUGGCCACCCAGCUGCUUGCUAAGUUUGAGGAGAAUGCUCCCACUCAGCCUACAGGACUCAAACGACAGGCCAGAAGUGGCGCAGACCAGCUGUACAGCUCGGGCUCUCGGAGCUGCCCAAAGAAAACCAUUCUGCUCCCUUCUUCCUCCUCCACUUCCUCGCUCUCUCUCCACUCAGAGGGCUCGCUCAGGAAAGAAUUCCCCGUCAACAUCGGAGGCAGCGAUGUUUGCUUCUUCUGCCGAAAACGUGUGUACGUGAUGGAAAGGCUGAGCGCCGAGGGGAAGUUCUUCCAUCGCAGCUGUUUCAAGUGCGACUACUGCGGCACGACUCUGCGACUGUCCUCUUAUGCGUUUGACGUGGAGGACGGAAAAUUUUACUGCAAGCCCCACUACUGUUACCGCCUGUCUGGGUAUGCUCAGAGGAAGAGGCCUGCUCCCUCUGCUGCUCCAGUCACAGCCAAGGAGAAUCAGACCCCCCAAACAGCUACUACGACUGUGGAUGCCCCUGGAAGGGCGAUGGCAGCAGCUGCCCCCUCGGCUGACCUCCAACCCUCAGUGCUGGAAGUGAACGGCCUGCAGGAACCGAGCCUAGCUAAACGCCUAAAGGGAACUCCAGAACGCAUUGAGCUGGAGAACUACCGUCUGUCCCUGCAGAGGGAGGAGGAGCUGGAGGAGGUGCCUGAGGAGACGCUGGCGGAGCACAAUCUCAGCAGUGUCCUGGACAAGGCCACAGGUGCUGACCUGGGUUCUAGUAGCUCAGAGUCAGACAUGGAAGAGGAGGACGAGCAGGAGGAUCAAGAAGAGGUGGAGGUGGAGGAGCAGCCUCCCAGCCCGUCAGACCUCGGCGGCGUUCCGUGGAAGGAGGCGGUAGAGCUCCACGCCAAGCUGAGGGGCGAUCACUGUGAGGAGGGAGAGGGUGAAGCUUUGGCAGACACAGGCAGCAGAGAUGGGGAAGUAGAUGAAGAGGACGAGGAGGAGGAGGAGGAGGAGGAGGAUGAAGAUGAGGCCGAAGAAGAUGAGGAGUCGAGUGAAGCGAGGAAUCUCCACAUCCAACAAGUCCUGCAGCCUGUGGAUCCCAGCGCCAUUCCAGGUUUGAGAGCACAUCUGGAGUCUGAGGGAGACAAGGAUGAUGGCCAGCUGGCCUCAGCCUCCCAACUCUCCCAGCCCUCUGAGCUCACGCAGCCCUCCUCUGCAGCCCCUGCCCACACGUCCGCCCGGCACGAGGCAGUGAGAGUCUGGUUGGAGUCCCUGUCUGGAGAGCCCUGCGAAGAUGAAGUACUCGAAGCAGAAGCAGACAGUCCAGAUAUGGAGCCUGGCACAGAGAUGGAUCAGGAUGACAUCCCUUCGGAUGCGGAAGCUGAGGCUCGUUUGCACCAGUCGGAGCACGAUGAAGCACUUCCAGAGGAAGACAAGGAAUCGGAAAGCUUGGCAACACCCUCCAGUAUUGAACCAUCCAGCAUCAACCUGCUGCAGAAGGACGAUAUCGUUCUUUCUCUGCUUAAACCAUCCCCAGAACCUGAAACACAGAUAAGUCCAGUAAAAUCUCCUGGUGUCCACUUUUUUCCUGAUCCUUUCAUACCUGAGGAAACAAAGCCAGGAAAGAUGACUCCAUCUCCAACUUCCAGGAGCCCGCUGUGCCCUUCACCUGCUCCUGUCCAGGAGUCAUCACCUGUUCCCUCGCCUACUUUUGCUGCUGCUGCUACACCAGUUAAAACCCCAACUUCUGCUUCUUCUCCUCCUCCUUCACCCACCAAACCACCUGCUGCCUCUCCACUACAGCCACCCAGUGAGUCACCUCUCCAGUCACCAGUGAGCUCACCAAUCUGCUCCCAGCCUACACCCCUGCCCGAAACUCAAGGACCUAAAUCUCCCGUCUUUCCUCACCGCUCCAUUUGCCCUCUCACAGGAAACCCCCUCUCCCCGAUCUGUGCCCAGCCGUUGCCCUGCCAUGAACCCUCAUCACCCCUCACCUCUGAUUCUCCCGUCAGAACUCAGCCCGUCCCUGCAGUCACUUCAACGCCCGCUAAAACCAACAAGGCCACGCCAGAGCCUGCAAAUUCCUCGACAGAGGAAACGCCGUCUAAAAAGACGGAUAUUAUUGAGGAAUUCUGGUUGAAGAGUGCUGAGAUAAGAAAGAGCCUCGGUCUGUCUCCUUUGGACCGCAGUAGUAAAAUCUUGGAAAGGAGUGUUGUUAAGACUCCAACUCAGGACUCCAACCUCGCUAAGACACAAACGCCAGACGUGUCCGGGGAACAGAAGCCUGCCUUCACCGGCCGGGCUGUCAUUCGCAGACUCAAUAUCACUCUUGAGGGUCAGGUCAUUACUCCUAUCGCUCCUGUUGAGCCCAAGAGCGAUGGCUCUGAUAAAAGGGACAUCAGCAGCAGCUCAGGCUUGGGCUUGAAUGGAAGUGUGGCCACAAGCCAGACGGUAAACAGUGACAGCUAUAACACGUCCGACUCGGCUAUGCUGACACCACCUUCCAGUCCGCCACCACCCGUGCCUGCUAAUCAGUCUCCAGCCGUGCUCAGGCAGCAGAGACACCAGGUGUCCUGGACCAACGGAACAGAAAAACUUCCAUCUGAGCAUGCCAAAGAGCCAGCAAAAGCCACUACCCCUGUUCCUGCACCCAGGACCCAGUUGAGCCCCGUGUCUGUGCCCAAACCAGCACCCAGGAAAGUCUCCUCCCCUCAGGCAGCUCCAGAAACAACCCCGGUGGUCGUGAUGAGGGAGAAGAAGAGGGAGAAGCCACGGCCGGAGGAGAUGAGGAAGUCAUUUGUGGAGACGGUGGAGGAGAUUCCUUUUGCUGACGAUGUGGAGGAGAGCUACGACGACCGGACGCCAGACACAAGCAUGAACAGGUAUUACACUCCGCCCACGAGCAAGCCGAGCAGGGAAAAACCUCCCCUUCAUUUGGCACUUGCAAUGGAAAAUGGUAAACCCAAUAUCCCAGUCAACCCAGUCUCCAAAACCCAGAGGGCAACUCAAUUCUCUCCAGAAGCCAGGGAGAUUGCUGAGGAGAGAAUAAGGGCCAGAGAAAAAUCUGUCAAGAGCCCGGCUCUAAAAGAAGCCAUGGCCAAGCAGUUGAGCAAAAUGAAGGAGUCCGAUGGGGAAAAGGGCGCCUCACCUAAAGUGGCCUGGAAUGUAACACCGGACACUGUUGGAAAAAGUAAAAAGUCAGCUGGAUCUCCAAAGACAUCAGCUGUGAAAGCUUUAGAGUCAAAGAAGUCCGAGGCCCUAUCGGAGCGUUUCUUUAGCAGUAACAAGAGUCUGGACAGCUCGGUGGCUUCGUCAGACGCCUCCUCUACAAGUAAAAGUAAGAAACGAAGCUCCCUCUUCUCACCGCGGAAGAACAAGAAGGAGAAAAAAGCCAAGAACGACAGCAGCAGGCUCUCGGGCGCAGAUGAGACGCCUCCAAAACACAAGUCUCUGUGGAAGGCGGUCUUCUCAGGGUACAAGAAGGACAAGAAGAAGAAGGAUGAUAAGUCGUGCCCGAGUACACCGUCGUCCAGCUCCACUACUCAGGACUCUGGGAAGAGAAGGUCAUCACCUCUUGGAAGAUCUUCAGUAGACUUGAAAACGCGGAGAAACCUGAGUUUCUCAGAAGAUUCCGACCUGUCCUGUGACGAUGUUCUGGAGAGAUCCUCCCAGAAGUCCAAAGCAGAUUCUGUUUAUGUCCCUCACGCACUGGCGUUCAAGAGAUCGUAUGCCACAAAGAAAACCUACACGGAGGAAGAGCUUAAUGCCAAGCUGACGCGUAGAGUCCAAAAAGCUGCACGACGACAGGCCAAGCAGGAGGAACUCAAGCGGCUCCACAGAGCCCAGAUCAUCCAGAGGCAGUUGGAGCAGGUGGAGGAGAAGCAGAGGCAGCUGGAAGAGAGGGGCGUAGCUGUGGAGAAAGCUUUGAGAGGAGAAGCAGACUAUUGGGGAGAUUCUAAUUACAGUGAAAUCCUGGACUUGCAUCUGGGCGGUAUGGGUAAAAAAGACGAUCCUAAACUAAUGCAAGAGUGGUUCAAGUUGGUGCAGGAGAAAAAUGCCCUAGUCCGCUACGAGUCCGAACUCAUGAUUUUUGCCAGAGAGUUGGAGCUGGAGGACAGACAGAGCCGACUGCAGCAGGAACUCAGGGAACGGAUGGCCGUGGAAGACCACCUGAAAUCUGAGAAGGAACUGGCUGAGGAGAAGCAGAUCCUGAAUGAGAUGUUGGAGGUGGUGGAGCAACGCGAUGCCUUGGUUGCCCUCCUCGAGGAGCAGAGACUUCGAGAGAAGGAGGAAGACAAGGACCUGGAGGCUGUUAUGCUCUCUAAAGGCUUUAACCUCAACUGGGCUUGAUGGGAGGGAAAUCAGUUCACGUCAAGUCCUGGGAAAAGGUUUCGACUGCUCGUAGGCGGUCUCAGUCUCACGUGGGCGUCUUUGAUGUGGAUGUAUCUGCUGAACUUUGACACAGGCAUUUGGCCUAAAACUGUCACACCUAGAGCAGCGAAUGUGUGAAGAACCCCCACAACAUAAUAUGUACACUACGGCUGCCUGUGAUGUUGGAGCAGUCUGCAGCGUUUACAUAUCCUCUGCCCAAAGGCAGUACAUGUUAAUCACUUUGCAGUUAUGCUUGCUGUCUCAGUCUGUGGGUGGAGACGCGAGCGUAUAUUCACAACUUUAACAUCUCAACCUUGAAGAUUGGGGCGGGGGUGUUGGGAGAGCGUUUAAAGACUUUAUUCUCGACUAUUUUAUGGGAAGAAUGCAGUUUGGUCCUGCUGAUGUACAGGAAUUGUAAAAACAAAAUGGGGGGGGUAUAAUCUUGCAGUACGAGUCCCAUUUUCAGUAGAUGAGGGUCCUCGGUCUUACUGCUGCAGAGGUGUGUUUUAAAUGUGAGAGCAAGGUCUCCUAGCUCGCUCUUUCCAGUCUGACUGUAGUACGGACAUACUCUGCUGAAGCUGCCUUUUUUCUCCCCAGUGACAAACUGACUUCAGCAUCCUUCAGAAACCACAAAUACACCAUAAAAAGCUCUGUGUUUUUUUUUUUUUCUCUUUCCUUUUCCCCUGCAGAGUCUGUCACCACUAAGAAUACAUUAAAUAUGUCCAUGAUUUAUGUAUUUAUUAUCAUGUUUUGCUUUUAACAGUUAAAAAAUGGUUUGGUUUGGUUUUAAUUUUAUUUGUAUUCACAGGAGAGUGCCCAGAAUCUCAUUAUCUUGCAUAUCUCUCGUGUAUCUCGCAUACAUGCCACUGCAUGUCAGGAAUUAUGGCUUCAGGCACAUAGAAGACUUGGAUGCAAAUAUUGAAGCAUUUCACAUGAUGACGAUAAUGGGCCUCUCUGUGAGCUCUCAUUGGCUGUACAUCACACUGACCAUUAACGUUUACAAGUACUUGUUCACAUUUUGGUUCCUGCUUUGUUAAACAGUAAAAACAAUCCUCGGGAGAGACUGUAUUAACAAUGGGAUGUUAUUAACGACCCGACGUCACUGUUGUUAGUAUGGGAGGACUUUCCGUGGGGAAGAGAGAACACUACACAAAUAUAUAUUGCAGUGUUAAUACUUUACCUUUGAACGAGAUGCCUUUUCAUUUCCAUUCUAUAAACUUGCGUUAUUUUUUUUUGUUUGUUUGUUUAGAUUUUUUUUGAGGUAUCCAAUAAUCACAUCUGUGUUCCACUGGAGCUCAUGAUUUGUACUGGUUGGUUUUUUUUUGUUGGUUUUUUUUUAAGCUUUUCUACAGCAGGUCCCCAAACUACACGUAAAUGGGACCCUAAAGAACUGCACAAGCUACAUUCAAUGAGAAUAUUGGUUUAUCCGUUGGACAUCCUUGGUGGACUAAUAGGCCUCUUUGCCAACAGUGUAGAAAUGUCAGAGGCUGUAUUUAUGACUUGUUAGGAGCUGUGAAUAUUACACAAUUUUAUGGGUUGUUGUUUUAGAUUGUGUGUUCCAAGUUUGACAUGAUUGUAUUGAUAUUUAUUAACGUGUGCAAAUUGUAUCAUAUGUAAAGAAAGUGAAUCCUAAUUUUUAAACUACUCUGUCGACAAACGACUUGUAAUGUAAAUGCUUCAUGUAGCUAAAAUUCAUAGGGGUGUUGGAUGUAUGCUGAAAACGGCAAUAAACGAUGCAGUUCUUUUA